AUGUCUCUUCCUUAUAAGAAGGUAGUACUCGAUAUUGAGGGUACCAUCUGUCCGAUAUCGUUUGUCAAAGAACAACUAUAUCCCUACUUCUUAGAAAACAUUUCCUCAUAUCUUUCCAUAUACCAAUAUCCACUCACUGAUGAAUCUGGCUCUCCAGAAGAUCAGCAAAUUUUAGACGUUCUACUAAAGUUUCCAGAACAAUAUAGAACAGCAGAAAUUACAUUGCUCGAGUACAUCAAACAUUUGGUCUCUAGUGAUAUAAAAGAUACGACUCUCAAGACACUUCAAGGAUACAUAUGGGAGCGCGGUUACAACUCAGGAGAGAUCCUGGCACCACUUUAUGAAGAUGCCAUAGAGGCUAUGAAGUACUGGUCUGCAUUUCUUCCCAAUGGUAUAUUCAUAUAUUCUUCAGGUAGUGUCAGGGCACAAAAACUUCUAUUUAGUAACGUGAAGAUCGUCAGUUCUUCUAAAGAGGUGUCACGUGCGGAUCUCAACGGCCUCAUUAGUGGCUAUUUUGAUACGGUGAAUAUAGGGAACAAAAAAGAGACAGAAAGCUAUAAGAAGAUCAUUCAGCGACUGGAAUAUCAAGAUGAUCCAUCGUCAAUUCUCUUUCUCAGUGAUGACCCAAAUGAAGUGAAGUCAGCCAUCAAUGCAGGUCUGAGCAGUUACAUAGUAACGAGACCAGGCAAUAGUCAACCAUCAGCAGACGAAAGAGCCAGGUAUAAUGUCGUUUCAGACUUUCAGAAAUUGUUCUAA